AUGCAUACAGAACACACUUUUAAAAAAUCCUACUUUUCCCAUUUGAAUAGAUGCAUGCAUUGCAAAAAAAUAAGUGUUCUAAAACCGGUCUACAAAUGUACCGGUUGUUCCAUAGUAAGUCAUCAAGGCUGCUUGGAAAGAAAUCAGUACGCCAUUGACGAGCAUCUCAGGGUAGAAAAACGUCAAGUCGAAGAGCAAAAAACAUCAAUGAAAAUCAAGUACAAUGAACUUGGAGAGCUUCUAGAACCAAAUUAUCUGUACAAUAUGUUGGUAAUAGAAAAACGACACCCAAUAUCGUUGAUGUCGAAGGAAUGCUUGAAAGCAAGGAAUGCAGGACACAAAUCUUUGUUUUCUGUCAUUCGGGCGCGUGUUCUGGAACCUUAUGCCAGUAAUACUAUGGAACCGGUGCCGCGAAGACUAGGUCAGGAACCGAGUGCAACAGUUACAGAACGAGAACUAAGUGCAGACAUGUUUCUGUCUACACAGGGAACUAGUGCUGAAGCGAUAGAACUAUUAGUCCCAGCGCCGGACACGGAUUUAGAGGAACAGGAACGAAUUUCUGGGUCACCAGAACUCGGUGAAGGAGCACCAGAACAAGGUUCAGGGACACCAGAACUUGAGAGUUCUAGAUCACCGGAACCGAAUGCAUCGCAAACAUCGGAACCUGCAGGUGCAGCCAAGCCGGAACUCAGUGAACCUGUUUCAGAACUGAGUGUAACAAAGCUGGAAUAGAGAUUUGAUGAUCAGACAUUAUCUCAACCACAUCUAAGUUCCUAAUGGCCAGAAUCGUUUGUACUACUGUAAUAGAAAAUUAAAAGUUCUACAACCACUAAAAGUUGUUGAAAGUUAAACAUUUUAGAAUUUUAAAAAUGUUUAAACACUU